CACAUCUCAGGUUGGAAUCCAAUUAAUAGGAUCUCUGAGACAUCGGUUGGGGAUUGGGCCUAUAGGGAGCCCGAUCCGGAGUACGGUCUUCACAAUGCCCUUGAUGAGGAACCAGUCCAUCCAAGUCUCGAAGAAAAGUACCUUGACCACUACGGCUGUUUGAAUUACAUCAAUAGCAUGCACAAGCUAACAUGGACAAAGGAAAAGCUAGCUGAUGAAGAGAGAGCGGAGCAAUCCAACAAUGUUUGGGGUCAAGAUCCAGUCGCCCGGAAACACGGCACACCCAUCAAAAGGCCAUGGGAUGUCGAAGAGGACGCGUGGUUGGACCUCUUCCACGAAAAGAUCCGUGGUGCAAUCGAAGCUGGGGCGGUGAUCAAAAUCCCAGGACGCGGACCCGUCUUGGAAGCAUUCAACGCAUUCUUCAAGCGCAAGCGUUUGGAAGAAGGAGAUGAGCCUGCUGCUGCUGCCGCUGCCGGAGAGAGUGAGUGGACACCGCGUACCAUAGGGUCAAUGCAUCGGAAGUUGCGCUUUGGGGGGAGUAAA